UUUGUUCCACAUCCUCGCAAAUUUCUAUCAUUCAAAAUUAAAAUCUCCUCUGUCACUUCAUUCACUAUCCAAUAGAAUGUAUCCAGUAAAGUCAAACUCACUCUUCGGGUUACUAUCAGUUGCCACUCUCUCUCGGUGCGCACCCCUUUCAAGCUCUGACUUGAACCCUCUAACCUUUAACGGGGCAGUUAAUCCAUUAGUCAACUAUUAUCAUUACGAUAAACGCGCUAACGCAAAAGAUGUUACCCGAAAGGUACUUGCUGUCGCGGCGGUGGGUACCGUUGAUACACUGACGAUUGUAGGUGAUUUGUUGAGGUUGCAAGAAGACCUAAGGACAAUUGUCAGACAAUUGGGGGUUUCUGGCUUGAACCUUGCCGCUGACCAAGGCCAAAAGGCCAUCCAAACUAGCGGGCAGGGAGCUAAGCCUGCUGUGAAGGACACUAGCCUAGACACCUCUUCGGCUACUCUUACCGAUGCAAAUCUUGUCGAGGAUCAAUCGAUAAAAUCAGAUACAGACGUCAAGGAGAAACAAGCAGCUGACACAGCUCUGACUUCAAGUGAUACAAUUCUGGAACCUUCUAUCAACACUCCGGAGAUCACUUUGGAACCGGAUGGCACACUUUCUCAGACUUCUGAAGAGGACAUUAAAGAGACAGAGGAUGAGCAUUAGCAUUUCUGUCUGACUAUGUAAAUUCCUCUCAGAAAAAUUUCAAAGAGCGCAACCAGUGCAUUUUUCUUUCUCACAUCAUCUUCUGUUUGUAUUAUUGAUUGUAAAUGUAAAUAAGUAGAAUUUUACUAUUGAAGAAAGAAAAAAAUCUUCAUCAAAG